AUUUGCCUGAUGUCACGAGAACAAGAUCUUAACAAAGAAGAUGCAGCUACUUACGCCAAAAACGACUUUGGAGCAGAUAAGUUUGAAGCAGACGAAAGACAUGGGGUCGAAGAAGAGUCUGUCAUUCCGAAUCUACAGGACAACAAUAAUGCGGAUGAAAAAUCGGAACCUGAAAACCUGGAAAAGGAGGAAAAAGAAAUGGAAGCUUCGGAAGCCAAGGUUCUCGUAACGCCUGUAGAAUCUGAUACGGAAGGUAAUCCGGACGAUAGCAAAAACGGUGAUGACGGUAGCAAAUCACAAAUUGUUUUCUCAUCGACCGCCAAGGGUGGAGUUCAAGGUAAAGAAGAAGGUGUUUCAGAUGAAGAUCUGUAUGAGGAAAGUGAAGUUGAAGUUUUUCGAGCAGAGCUGAAGCCCAAAAAAGUUAUCGAUCCCGAGUUCACUUAUGAAGUGGAAGAGCUUGUAUCUAGACCUAUAAUUAGUAAAGACUCCGGUAUCCCGGAGAACCUGCUAACUGUAUUUCACUCGUUUGGGUUUGAUGCAUUACGAAGGGAAAAUCUACAGCUUCUUGCUAACGACACAGUGUGUUACGUGAAUGGCAACUACCUGGAGAUCCUCAAUAUUACGACCGAGCAGAAAACACGGCUACGAACAGUUGGCGGAGUUGGUAUCGGGGCUUACUCGGUACAUCCUGAAAAGAUUGUAAUUGCAGUCGCAGAGAGGGGUGAAACUCCACCAGUAUGUAUCUAUCGGUAUCCAAGUUUGGAGUUGUACCGGAUGCUUACCGAAGGAACACAAAAGGAGUAUUCAGCAUGUCAGUUCAGCCCGGAUGGUGAAUAUUUUGCCAGCGUUGGUGGUGAUCCAGAUUAUAUGCUGACCCUGUGGGAUUGGCGAAACGAGCAGAUUGUACUUCGAGCAAAAGCCUUUUCUCAAGACAUCUACCGCGUCGCGUGGUCAGCGGACCUACCUGGUGUUCUGACCACAGCUGGAGCGGGGCAUAUUCGUUUCUGGAAAAUGGCGGACACAUUCACCGGACUGAAGCUGCAAGGAAAGCUGGGCAAGUUCGGCAAAACUGAACUGUCAGAUAUUGAGGGAUUUGUUAUUCUUCCUGAUGGAAAGGUUCUCACUGGUUCGGCCUGGGGCAACCUGCUAGUUUGGGAGGGAGAUCUGAUCAAGGUGCAGAUUUCCAGGAAAAAUAAACGCCCCUGCCACGCUGGAUUAAUUAUGCAUAUCGUUAUGGAUGAAGGUGAACUAAUGACAGUCGGACAAGAUGGAUGGAUCAGAACCUGGGACUUCGAAACAGUUGAUACUGCAGAAUGUCUAGAGGAGGGCGCUAUUUACGAACUGGAGCCAAUGAAUGAACUGCUAGUGAAACCAAACUCCAAACUCAUGCAUCUAGUCAAGGUCCAAGGUGAAGACUCCACGUUAUGGUAUGCUCAAGAUGGUGACGGAGCCCUCUGGAAACUAGACCUGUCAUUCACUCACACAUCGCUUGCUCCAGAAUCCAUGGUCAAGUUUCACUCUGACGCCAUCAUGGACUGCGUAACGUCCCCGUUUGCUUACACUACCGCAACUAUUGGACUAGACGGAAGAGUUUCUAUCUAUGACAUUCUUACCAAAAAGCAAAUACUCCGAAGAAAAUUUCCUGCUCCUGGAACCAGACUUAUUUGGAGUCCUCCGCAGGUGGAUCCAAAGGGAAAAACGCUUGUAGCCGGAUUUCAAGAUGGUGUUGUCCGAAUACUACAGUUUGGAGAAAAUCCGGAAACUGAUCCCACUAGGAAGGCGAGGAACUUUGCUUUGUUAGACCUUGGUCAAGCACUGAAGCCCCACGUGAAGGCUGUGACAACUAUGGCAUACAGUCCAACGGGCGAAUACUUUGUCACCGGAAGCGAAGACGGCACAGUUUUCUUCUUUUCUGUGCGAAUGAAAAUGCUCAAUCCAAUUGGAUUUGUUGAAGUCGGCGACAGCGUCGUCCGGAUUGAGUGGAUUCCAGACGCAAGCAAAGCGAGAGGAGAUAUUAUUGUCUAUUUAAAGAAAGGAUGUGUCUUGACAUAUCCUUGCCCGUCAGUCGAAGAAGCAGACCGGAACAAAAGUUUCGCUUUACCCAAUAUCCAUCCGAAUGGUGGCUAUCAACUAUUGAGCAUCAAGUCUCAGCUGCAACAUGAAGAACAAGCAGCGGAAAAGUUGAAACGAUACGAAAAGGAGAAGAAAAUCAGACAAGAACUGCGAGCAUCAAGGGCUCAGCAUGAGCCGGAGACCGAAGAAGAAGCUAGGCUUUUAGAUGAAGAGGAAGAACUAAUCCGCCAAGGUGUGAUGAGCGAGAUAGCAAAUUGGGCGCCCAUUGAUAGUGAUAAAUCGUCAACAGUUCUCUAUGCCACGUUGGAUCCAAACAAUCCCAAAGAGUUUUGGUUAUCUCUGGACGAAUUUGAUUCCGGCUAUUUGUACAAAUGCAAAAUCGGCGAAGCACCAAUGUCCGACGGUGAAACACGAAAAUUUUUGCGUGAUAAAAGAGCAGAACAGGCUGCCCGAGCACGAGCACUCAUGAGAAAAGGAACGAACGAACAGGAUGAAGAGGAUGUUACGCCGGACGAACCUGGGUCGCAGACGACGGGAGCAUCCGAAGCUGCGGAUUCGUCAGUGUCUGACGGGGAGGUAGAAAAUAAAGAGCUGGGACUUGCAGAUAGACUGCCAAAAGAACACCCGCAUGAGUCUGCCAAAUUCUUGAGAAACUCUGAAACCGCAAUUACGUACUGGACAUUUUCAGCCUCAGGCAACAGGCUUUUUGUGGGUUUCAGGGACGGAUGUGUCCGCGUGCAGCUAUUGCGACAACCUUUUGAUGUCAAAAGUUUGGGAGACUAUUGGCUACUCCGAACACACGAUAACUUGCGUGGGGGUAUCAACCGGAUUACACUCACUCAUGAUGAGAAGUUUCUGAUUAGCGUGAGUCAAGAUGGCACAUUCUUCGUUUACGAACUUAUGUCGGAAGAACUGCAAGAAAAAGAAAUCAAAGAAUAUCGUUCCCGUAUCCCUUCAGCUUACGAGAGCCAACCGCCGGUGGAUGAUAUUGUGGACCCUAAAGCAUACAGCAUCGAACAAGCCAAGCAGAAAGAAGAAUAUGAUCGACUGAUGAGUCUGGCUGAACAAAAGAAGGCAGAAACGCGCCGGAAGGUUACCGAACUACGAUUACGUUUCAAACAGUUGAAGGAACAAAACGAGAAACUGCCGGAACGCAUUCGGUUGGGAAAGGAGGAGUUCAACUUGGUCCCACAUAUACGAGAUGACCUGCUCAAGGACCGUAAAGCAAAAAUUGACCUGGUUUACAGGGAAACGGCUUGGAAUUCAGAAAAAUACCUGAUAGCUUUAGAAAAGCUGGAAAACGCUUUCCGUAAACCGCUGGACUAUGACCGCAUAGUUGUCAAAUCGUUCGGUACUGGUCACUGUGUCAGUUCACUGCGAACAAACAAAUUGGGUGAAGAACAUUCAAUCGCAAAAGAGGAAAUGAAACAGACAAUGGCGAAACAAGUGGCCAGAGAAACGAAGUUGGAUCUGCGUGGCCCUGUGAACAGGCAUUCGUCUAUUCAGGAUCUGAACCCUGACCAGACCACAACUAGUUCAGAUAGCAGCCAGCAGCAGUUGAAAGGAGCUCGCGGAUUGCGAUGGGAACAGCUGGACGCCAUGAAACCGGUGGCUGAUUACGAGGACCCCGAAGACUUAGAAGCCAUAGCUGCAGCCAAGGAAAAUAUGGGUGAUUUCAAACUCAAAUCUUCACAAAACUACAUCGUGGCUGAUCGGUCAAAGCUAAACGCAGUUGGCGCCAAGUAUCGCCUGAUUGAAAUGACCGAAGAGGUCUUUAGGCUUCGUCACGAAUUCAACAGCACAGUGUUUGCUCUGCGGGAUAAAAAGACGCUAAUUGUGCAGGAACUAGAAACAAUUAAUGGGAUGCUUCGCGAUUUGCAAACAGAUUUACCGGAAGGAGAGCCCAUAUUUCGAUUAGAAAUCCCUGACUGGGAUCGAGAAGAGUAUCCCGAAAAAGAGUUCCACUAUGACAAAACUCGACUGCUUCGCUUCAAACGCGAACACGAUGAACUUAAUGAAGCACAAAGUUCCCUAAGCGUUACAAAAUCGUUGACCUGGAGCUUGCUGAAGGACCUAGAUACCCGUGUGCACAGGUUCAGUGAGUCUGCGUGCCCAGAUCUGCUCAGUCAGAACGAACCGGACGUCGAAGUUGACUCUCAGUCGAUUCGAGCUACGGCACGACCAGUGAUCACGAUACCAUUGCAUAUUUUAGCCACCGAUUCGUGCGUAGUCAGCUUGAGUAAAGAGUUAGCUCAUUGCGCUCUCAGACGACCACCAGUGACGGGUCUCGUUGGUGCCCCACCACCCCACCUCAUUGCUUUAGACGAGUCUAGCUUAGAGGCCUUCUCGAAUCUGCGUCUGAUCACUAGUAGCCGCGACAUGCGACCAGCGCAUGUCAGUGUAUCGCACGGCUACAUCUCUGCCAGCUCAGAGGAUGACUUGAUACAGCAGUACCUGCGCAAACACACAACCAACGACGUUACACAAUCGGAUAUUGAUAGCCAGAAACAGUUACCACCACCGGAGGGCGCAGAAGAAAUGCAAUCUUCCCGUUCUGAUGCUGAAGUGGGUCAGCUUGCAUUGCCCAACAGCACCUUCCAAUGUACUAUGGAUACGGAGGAUGAAAUACAGCGUCAGCUGCGAGCAAUGUACCAUCGACAGGAGCUACUUAAUGCUGCUGGUCGCCUAGUUCGAGGGUUUGACGCCGAGGUACGGCUUUUGCGACAUGUUCAAUUUAAGCUAAAUGUGCUGCUCAAGCGAGCCGAAUCACAUCAGCUCACUGUAUUCGAGGAAUAUCGCCUUCUGAAGGAAUUUGAAAAGUCUGAGAUGGUUUUGACCGAGAAGAAACGCCUUCGAGAUGGUGAAAAACUAGAAGUACAGGAAAAGAUAGCGGAUUUGAAUGUCAAGAUCGAAGCAAGAAGAAAGGAACUGGAACGCUUGGCCCAACGAGAACACGUGUUACAUGAAGAAUUCAAAGCAAGUCUAGGCGAAGGACAUCGCUUCGCAGAUUUCCUGACGAAAGUAUUCAAAAAAAGAAUAAAGCGCAAGAAACAAGAGGCGACUGGAGGAGACUCCGAGGGAUCCGACGAAUCGUCUUCUUCCUCGGAGGGUUCAAGCUAUGACGAGUCUGAGGAUGAGAGUGAUGAAGAUAACAUCCUGGAUUUGGACACCUGUCCAGCUGGUUGCCCUCUUGAAGAUUAUGAAAGCACAAUUGCUAUCCGUGAACGUCGUCUGGACGUGGAAGAUGAAAUCGGUGAGGAAAAGAAGGCACUAGACCUCCUGAAGAAAGACUUAGAAGGAUGGACAAAAAAGCAGCGCAUUGUAGAAGCAGCGCAAAAACAAGCCCAGACAGAGUUGGAGGCCUUCCAACUUGAAAAACAACGGAGGCUUAACGAACUGGACACGAUUGUGAUAUUGCGGAUGAAUCAAAUUGAAUAUCACCAAAAUUCAAGCAUUCCGUCAGACUUGAGCUCCGGUCUUGUGUUCGAACGGAUGAAUGUGUGUCUUUUACGCCAAAGAAUUCGGGAACUUCAGGAAGAACAAAAGCAACAUUGUCGCCAACAGCAGGACGCGAAAGACAAACAUGUCAUGUUACAGAAACAUAAGAAACUAUUUCAGAAAGAGCUGGAAAAAAUUACUGCGGUUUGUGACAAAGAGAUGUUUGAAAAAUUCGGUAGGAUUGAGGAUCUGGAAAGAAUGGAAGGCGUUCUGGUCAAUGCAAAACUCGAAGAAAUGACAACCAGAAUGCUCAUGUUGCAAGAAGAGCUUGAGAAGGAAGAAGCUGGCAUGGAGGACCGAAUUCGUGAGGCGCGCGAUGCAUGUAUCUCACAAAUCCGGGAAAACACAGCGUCAUUGAAGCAGACCUUGAUGCUAUUCAAUGAAAAGGAGCGACUUCAGACAGACUUGAACAAAACGCAAGGCUUAAAUAUGGGUUACAUCGAUACUUCGGACAAUGAAAUGGAUAUCAAGGAAAUCCAACGCCUCACAAGUCUGAUUAGAAGACAAGAAGUGGAAAUGGCACAACUUUCACAAGAAGUUGCUGACUGCGUUCGACAAUCCAUAACUAGUCAGACGGGGGAUCAACGGAGAUUGAGGAGGGAAAAUGCGACUUUGAACUAGGCAUGAUCGGUCCAUCAGAGAAUCGCUUGCGUUUAUAUAACUUAUGACUCCAGGUUUCAGAUUCCGUCGAAUUCAAAUGCUCACGUAAACAAUGUAUUCCUGUG